UCAAGGGACGUCCAUUUGGCCAAUUUAGUGCAAGAUUAUCAACGCACAAGAGGACACGUCGUUUUAGAAGGACCGCCUCUUACCUCACGUCAAACGUGUCUGCUCAGCAGUUCCCUUUUCUUGAAUGUUCUACUACGCGUCUGCUACAACACCACCACCCUUUUCUUUCUUUCUCGUCUCUCUUCGUUCAUUCUUCUCUUCCCCUGCCAUCUCCACUGCCUUCUGACUUGUUUUGCUUUAUUGGGUCAUCGAAAUUGCAACGUUUCAUUCAAGUUUUAAUCACUUUCUCUGGUGCGAGCUGACUUGUUUGGCUUAUUGGGUCACUGAAAUUUGCAACGUUAUAAUCACUUUUGCUUGGAGUCAAUAGUAGAUUUUUUUUUUCAAGCCUCGACUUGAGAGAAUGGUUCAGAUUAAGGAAUUUCGAAUUGUGAUGCCCUUGUCAUUGGAAGAGUAUCAGGUAGCUCAGAUGUACAUGGUCAUGAAAAUGCAACAGCAAAGUACCACAGGUAAUGAAGGAGUGGAGGUUUUACAAAACAAACCAUUUAGUGAUGAUGAAUUUGGAGACGGCCAAUACACAUCAAAAGUUUACCACUUGCAGAGCAAAGCACCAUCUUGGUUGACUACAUUUGCACCAGCUGAUGCCCUUGUGAUGCAAGAGGAAGCCUGGAACGCAUAUCCUAGAUGUCGAUCAGUGGUUUCUGUGGACAUGUAUCACCAUUUGAUGCAGUUGUUAAGUCACCAUAUUUUUCUAAGUUCUUUAUGAGCAUUGACACCGUCCACAAAGCUGACAACGGAUACUCUGAGAAUGUGCAUGGCCUGAGCGAGGACCAACUGGCAGCUAGGCAGGUGGAAGUUAUUGAUAUUGCUUCAGCUGCCACUGAUUAUUGGAGUUACAUAGUUGGAAGAAACAAUGUUGAUUUAUCUAAUUUCCAAUCAGCAAGAUGCGGUCGUGGACCACUCUUGGAAGGCUGGCAGGACCAUUGUAGUCCCGUUAUGACAGCAUACAAACUGGUGACUGUAGAUGCUCCAUACUGGGGGUUUGGGAGCAGAUUGGAACAGGCUUUGAUGGCGGGGGAAGGGUCACUUUUCCUAGAAAGUCAUCGUAAUUGCUUCGCCUGGAUUGAUGAAUGGUUUGGGUUGACAGUGGAGGUGUUGCGUGAGCUGGAGAGACAAAGUGAUUAUUCAUUGAAUAUGAGGUGACGAAACAGACGAAUUUUGAGGGACUAUAGUUCCCCCUUGAAGAUUUAUAUAGUUUUAUCACACCCGUUCCUGCAAUAAUCAAUACUUCAAUGCCCACCCUUAAGAAAUGAACUUUGCACAAUUAAGAUCAGUUCUUCCAGAAAGCAUCAGAUGAUUGGGGAAAAUAUAUAGAUCUUUGAAGUUGUUAAGAUAAUCUAGAUAGUGAAGGAAGUUAUACCAAACACUGUUGUUUAUUCUCAGAAGAUUGCUCUAUACCUCUUGUAAGUCCUUCCAGACAAGGAAUGAGUUUGAGCGUGUUUUCAGGUACUAAUAAUCUUUAAGAACUUAGGAUAAGGUUGAAAUUUUCGGUCUGCUCCUACUGAGCCUAAGACCAAAAAAAAUAAUCCAAAAUCCACGUGUAAUCCUUGUAAAAUAUGUGGGAUGGUAUUGGAGAAUAUAUUCAUCUUUCAAAUGCCCUGGGCCAUUCCAUCUGUUCAGUAGCAAACAUGUGGUUUUCUACAAGUAGGUUCAGCCAAUAAAAUCACAAGGGAGCCUAUAGAAAAGGGAUUUCUUUUGGCUCUUCCGAUUUUUUUUCCCAUUGGCGGUUGGUUUUCCCCCUGUUUAUUUUAUGUAGUAGCAGAACAAUGUGUAGACCUGGAAUCCCGUUUCUUUUAAAUGAUAAGCAUUUGAAUUGCAGAUUAUUUUUUUGGAAAGUAACUGUAGAUUAAACUUCUUUAACUUUUCAAUUGAGUUUCAUAAUCAAGCUGCAAAUUAAAAUUAUAAAUAGUUGAAUAUGUGUUUAAUGCACAAGUAAUUUAACUUAAAUCGAUUUAACUUUUAUAACAAAUCUAUCAUUACCACUCUUGAAAAAUAAUAGUUUUUCACUAACUUCGAAUUUUAUGCAUUUUCAAUUUCCAUAUUUUCCUUGCUAACAUGCUCUUAUAGGGAUAGGAAUG